AUGUCCAUCCUGGAUAACCUCACCGCGCGCUUCAAAUGCGGGCAUCUAGUGGGCAUUCUCGGUGAAAGCGGAAGUGGCAAGAGUACGUUGAUUGAUAUUCUUGCAGGUGUUUCGAAGAUGGGCAAAGUAUCCGGACAUGUCUUGUACAAUGGUAUCCUCCGGACAAAAACCAAUGAAGUUGCCUUUCAUCCUCUGAUUGGAUAUAUACCGCAAGACGAUGUGUUUAUGCCGAACCUGACUGUCCGCGAGACCCUCCUAUAUUCUGUGCAACUGCGGGUUCCGAAUCUGAGCCGCUCCCAGCAACAGGAGCGAGUGAACGAGGUUUUAGAUACGCUCAAUCUCACUUACGUUGCCGAGACCCGCGUGGGCGAUCCUCUCAAACGCGGCAUUUCCGGCGGUGAACGCAGAAGGCUUUCAAUUGGCGUCGAGCUGGUGGCAUAUCCUGCCUUACUCCUUUGUGAUGAAAUCACCAGCGGCUUAGACGCAUUCAAUGCCCUAAAUACAAUGCGGACUCUUCGGACUCUGUGCGAUACCGGAAAGCACACGGUCGUAUGCGCAAUUCAUCAGCCGCGUUCGUCCAUCUUUGCAAUGUUUGACGACAUUCUACUGUUAGCGAGCGGCCGAUGCGUUUAUGCUGGAUCAUCGGAGGAUAUGAUGACGUACUUUGAGACUAUGGGGUUGAAAUGCCCCAUACAUAGUAACCCAGCGGAUUGGGCGCUAGACGUUGUGGAACUCAGUCGCAAUCAGGUUGGAGACGAGAUGCAGGUGAUUCACAUUGGGGGACGUAGCCCUGACGAUAAGUUUGUGAAAAUGAGGAGUUGUACAAACGAUUGUAGUGACUCUGACAGCUCGGUAUCGUUCACCACCUUGGUCGGUGCGUUUGAAACGUCAGGCUACCAAACCGGUCUCAAAACGGAACUAAGCAACCUACGUACGGUUUUUGCAAAUACCGAUGCCCGACGCGCACAGAAAGCUUCCCUUCUCCGCCAAACGCUAGUUCUCACACGCCGACUUGCCACGCAGACCAGACGUGACAAAGUCUUGGUUGCCAUCCGAUUCUUUACGUCCGUCCUUUUAGGCCUCCUCGGCGGAUUCAUGUUCUUUCCGCGCAAGCAUGGAGCCGAAUCCGCCGAAGCGCGCGUAUAUGCAAUCAACUACGUUAUCUGUGCUUACUGUUUUUCCUGCGUUCCGACCGUCACAAAGGCAAUAGAAGACCGUGUCCUGUUCAUCCGCGAACACUCGCGGGGCUGUGUGUCUCUCAUGCCGUAUCUUCUUUCCUACGCGGCCAUUGAAUUACCAGUACUGCUCAUCAACGCAAUGAUAUUUUCGUCCAUCACUUAUUGGAUGAUCGACUUUUACAAGGAUGUAUGGCACUUUCUCUUUUUUAUCGUGGUCGUUACAAUGUCGAUCUUUGCAGGGUUUUCGGCAGCUCAGAUGUGCGCGUCGGCUGUGAACUCUGCGAUGCACGCGUUGGUUCUAUUGGCCGGGUUAUCGGUGUACCAGUUUCUGCUCGCGGGAACCUCACUUCCGAAAAGCGACAUUGGGGUACCGUGGCUAUUCUACACAUCCUAUUUCUAUUUUGGAGCAAACGCUCUAAUUCUGAACGAGUUUGGUGAUAGAGACUGGGUGUUACCGAAGCUUGAGGACAACUGGAGGAUCCAUUCGGCCAAGAAAGGGUGGAGUUUGGUUUGGUUGGGUCUGCAUAUUGUACUGUACCGGGUGGCCAGUUAUCUGCUCCUCAAGUGGCGAGUGUCAAAAUCAAAAUCUUAA